AUGGGUCCCAGAUUGUGGAAUGAUAAAACACUAGAAGAAAAAACAACUGAUACCCCUCAGCACAGCAGUUAUUUUGAAAUGUCUGCAUCUGACUCAAUUGAAUCCAAGUCCUCUCUGAUGGACAUUGAAGCGUCUCUGAAGGCCAGUUUUCUGAGUGGACUGAUAGAAGUUGGAGGAUCUGCCAAGUAUCUGAAUGAUGACAAGGAAUUCCAGAAUCAGAGCAGAGUGACCUGUCAGUACAAAGCUACCACCAACUUCAAGCAGUUGUUAAUUGAUCAUGUGACCCUGGACACCGAAUAGAUGGAGGUUAUUCAGAAGGGCUUGGCCACACAUGUAGUCACAGGCAUCCUGUAUGGGGCAGAUGCUUUCUUUGUGUUUGACAGUGAGAAGUUAGAAGCCAGCCAGGUUCAGGACAUCCAGGGCAGCAUGCAAGCUGUGAUAAAGAAGAUUCCUUCUUUACAUUUUGAGGGAAGUGUUGGCACCAAGCUGACUGAUGAAGAGAAAGCCCUGACUGAGAAAUUCUCCUGCGAAUUCUACGGAGACUUCAUUCUUAAAAGCAACCCAGCAACAUUUAAAGAUGCAGUGCAGACCUAUGUAGAACUUCCAAAGCUACUGGGAACAAAUGGAGAGAAUUCAGUCCCAUUGAAGGUCUGGCUGAUGCCUCUGAAGAGUUUUGAUCCCAAAGCUCCUGAGCUGAAGAAGAUCAGCAUCGGACUAGUUAUCAAGGUGCAGGAAGCUCUGGAAGAUUUAAAGGAAAUAAGAAUGAGAUGCAACGAUUCUCUGGGAGACAAAGUGGGAGAGGACUUCCCACAGAUCCGAAAAGACCUAAGCACUUUCCACAAACUGUGUGGUAUUUAUAAAACCAGCCUCCAGCAAGCCAUGGCAGAGAAAAUUCCCUCCAUCCGUGAAGGAAAGGAAGAGGAGAGCUCACUGGAAGAAGUCUUUGAAGACAGGUACAAGUCACCCUUCAACCAUGAAAAACUAAACAAGUGGCUGGAAAACAAAGAGAGAGAAAUCAACAUCAUCAAGUCCUGUGUCGACACCAUGGAGGGAGUAAAGAUCGUCCUGAACCAGAACGAGCUGGACAGAGAGGUCCUUGCUUCAGGUGUAGAGGAUGUUCUGUGCUUUGUUUUCACCUCCAUGCCAAAGGGUGAUAUCUACCUUGAUGAGAUGGCUGACUUCUUGAAAUCAACCAAGUUAGGAAGUACCCAUGAAGACCCGUGGUACUACUCCGAUGAAGUUCUGGACACAAUGAGAGAAAAAGCCAAAAUGUUCCAGGGUUCUUCCAAAGGGCUGAAGAACAACAGCAAAUUCCGUUUCCUCAUAACGGCCAAAACCAAUGAAAACUACAAAGGAGCAACCAUCUACCACUACAGGAAAGGCCGGCUGGUCACUGAAGACUUUCAACGUCAAAAGCCUCCUCCUGUGGAGACCAUCACAGACAAGAGAGAUCUGAUCUGGUAUGCCUGUGAUCUCAACCUGGACCCAAACACUGCCAACAACCGUCUCACUCUGUCUGAGGGAAACAAAAAGGCAACAUAUGGAGCAUCGCAGUAUUAUCCUCCUAACCCAGAGAGGUUUGGAACACACCCACAGGUGUUGUGCAAAGAGGAGUUAUCUGGGUGCCAUUACUGGGAGGUAGAGUUGAGUACCACUACCUAUGAGUAUGUUUUUGGUGCUGUUGCAUACAAGGGAGCUGACAGACAUAGCAAAGAUCUGAGCAGGUUCGGCAAUAAUUCAGAAUCCUGGUGUUUUGGCAAAGAAUUGAAUGCAAACGCACACCUUCUUAGGGCAUUCCAUGCCAGCAGUAAGAAAAUGUGGGAAGCACCCCUUGGGGACUUCAAUAGAAUCGGGGUGUAUCUGGACUGGCCUGCUGGCACUUUGUCCUACUACGGAGUCUCCGGCCACACACUGAGUCACCUGUACACCUUUCACACCACAUUCACUGAGCCUCUUGUCCCAGGCUUCUGGGGUCAUUAUGUUUCCAACUCUGCCUACCUGUGUCCAGUUGAAUUCUAAAUUAUCUGGAUUUAUACAGCGCUCUUCCAGUCUUUACGACCCAUCAAAGCGCUUUUACAUUCACACACAUUCAUAGAGGCAGAGGCUGUCAUACACCUGCUCAUAGCCUAACGUUCACACACAUCUACACACAUCCCAAUAUAACUUAAACCUGCUACUCAAAAUUAAAAAUGCAUUCAAACCCAGAGGGACAGGUGACUUAUUUUAUUAUUGCUUUCAACAAUGUAGCUUGUAUGAGUAUGUAUUCUGGGGAGUGGUGUUCUCUGUGUUCUGGUUAGAGUUCCCAUUCAUUAACAUUGUGUUCAGUUAGUGUCUGGUGUGAAGCGGGUAAACCUGUUGAACUCCUGAGAGGUCAACAUUUCCUAACUCCUCCCACUAAGGCAAUGAUGAAGAACUCUUAGCUUCUUGGUCGCUCUAAAGUUUGAAAUGGCAACCUAACAUCCCAUUCUAACUUUAACGUGCUCCACAGAAUCAAACAUCCAUUCAAACCCAGAGGGACCAGAAACAAUGAGGAUAUCAAAAAGUGACUUGUUUUCAGUGAAUGUUGAUUUGAUCAUCUUCUCAAACUGUUUGAAGCCGAUGCUUUACGAACAGUUGAACAAUAUUUCUUCAUAGGAACUUUCUAUGGUAGUAACAUAUACUCAAGCAUUAUAUAUCCGGCACUCGCUCUGUCAAAA